AUGGCUAGAGCAGUCACUGACGCCCUGGCUCGCGUGCAGAGACAACCACAUCCACCACCUGAACCGAUGGCCAGACCUGACGCUAUGCCUGAUCCCCGUAAACAACCAGAGAACGCCUACGUUGCACCUCGUUACGUACCACCCUACCAACCCUACCAACCUCACCAAUAUCCGGCACCCCGCCCUUACGAUCAAUAUCAAGCUCGCCCUUGUGAACCACACCAGAUCAAUGGUUAUCAGGAUAAUGGAUAUCCUAAUUGGUAUGGUUAUGGUUACAAUAACGGGAAUGGCGAGGGCAAUGGUAACAGACACAAUGACGGCCAAAGGUCCAACCAUUGGCGCGCAGCCGACGUUGGCUAUUUCUAUCCCAACAUGCCCGCAAACUGGGGACAUGGAGACAUCAUUGACAAGGACGACAAGGUCUGGUAUAGAUCGGGCUACGCGUUUGUCAAACGUCUGCAGCAAUUGGCAAUCACAAAGGACCCCCGGAAGAUCAUUCAGAAUAUUGACACGUGCUUCCGUGGCGAAGCUCUCAGCUGGUGUUGA